GAUUGAUCCUUGGUUAUUGUCCUGUACAACCCCUUCCUGCCGGGUUCAGCUUCGAGAAAUGGUGAGGAAAAGGCAACCUUAAUUUACGCUGUGUGACGCUGUACAGCGUAAGGCAUAAUUUAUUUUCCGGUGGACGGAGAGAGCAUCUUACAUACGUUGGUGGUGUAUGUAUGUAUGUAUGUAAGAGUAUGGAUGUUCCCGGUCGCGAGUAUUCCUUGGUACUCGUACCCAGUCCAACGGAUCGACCGCCCGCCCCAGAAGCCUGGAAAUGAGGAUGAGUUUAAAGGCCAACUAAGCUGGCCCGAGCUCACCCCUUCUUUGUCUGCUCCGUUUCCCAAGUUCCCACCAUCUUGCAGAUUGCAUUUCUGCGCCGAGCCCGCUUCAUCCGUUGCGAAUAAAAACGUGUGCCACCGUCGUGGAACCGCAUUCUUUGACCUCGAAUUUGACAUCGCUCCCUUUUUCCUCUUUGCCUGCCUUGCAUGGCCUGACAGCAGUCAAUUGGACUCUGGGUCCCAUAACGAAAUACCACAGCAUGGCAUAGGCAUUUCCGGCCUCCAUACCUACUAUGACAUCUUUGAUGAAUUAUGGAUCCUCCGUUCUUUGCAAGGUGGGAAAGCGAUAAAGUGAACUAGUAGUAGCUCACUGCUGCAGUAGAGUGGAUAGGCGAUCGAUCCCCCUGUUGUGAAGAGAAGGACCGAUCCGGUACUCUUGGAUUGUAACAAAGGAUUAGACCCGAUCUAUCUCGCAAAAGAAGCAAUAAAGAACCUUCCCAUCACAAAGGAGUAUCAGGUCGAGUCCAAG